ACGGGCGGGCGUGGGCGGGCGCCGGAUGUGACGUCCCCGGAAGCUCCGAGUGUCAUCCGCGAGGAAAGAACAUCUUCGUCCUAAUGUCUGACCAUGGAGAUGUGAGCCUCCCACCCGAAGAGCGGGUGAGGGCUCUCUCCCAGCUGGGGAGUGCAGUGGAGGUGAAUGAAGACAUCCCACCCCGUCGGUACUUCCGCUCUGGAGUUGAGAUUAUCCGAAUGGCAUCCAUUUACUCUGAGGAAGGCAACAUUGAACAUGCCUUCAUCCUCUAUAACAAGUAUAUCACACUCUUUAUUGAGAAACUACCAAAGCAUCGAGAUUACAAAUCAGCUGUCAUUCCUGAAAAGAAAGACACGGUAAAGAAAUUAAAGGAGAUUGCAUUUCCCAAAGCAGAAGAACUGAAGGCUGAGCUGCUAAAACGAUACACCAAAGAAUAUACAGAAUAUAAUGAGGAAAAGAAGAAGGAAGCAGAGGAAUUUGCCCGGAAUAUGGCCAUCCAGCAAGAGCUGGAAAAGGAGAGACAGAGGGUAGCACAACAGAAGCAGCAACAACUGGAACAGGAACAGUUCCAUGCCUUUGAGGAGAUGAUUCGGAACCAGGAGCUGGAAAAAGAACGACUGAAAAUCGUACAGGAGUUUGGGAAGGUGGACCCUGGCUUAGGGGGUCCGCUGGUGCCUGACUUGGAAGGGCCUCCUGUAGCUGUGUUCCCCACCUCACCUGUCUCACCCACGCCGCCUCCAGACUGUAACACUGCUGUAAGGCCAGCGAAGCCACCUGUGGUGGACCGGUCCUUGAAGCCUGGAGCACUGAGCAACUCAGAAAGUAUUCCUACAAUUGAUGGAUUACGCCAUGUGGUGGUGCCCGGGAGGCUAUGCCCACAGUUCCUCCAGUUAGCCAGUGCCAACACUGCCCGGGGAGUAGAGACAUGUGGAAUUCUCUGUGGAAAACUGAUGAGGAAUGAAUUUACCAUCACCCAUGUUCUCAUCCCCAAGCAAAGUGCUGGGUCUGAUUACUGCAAUACAGAGAACGAAGAAGAGCUGUUCCUCAUCCAGGAUCAGCAGGGUCUCAUCACACUGGGCUGGAUCCACACGCAUCCCACCCAGACUGCCUUUCUCUCCAGUGUUGACUUGCACACGCACUGCUCCUACCAGAUGAUGUUGCCGGAGUCCAUAGCCAUCGUUUGCUCUCCCAAGUUCCAAGAAACUGGAUUUUUUAAACUGACUGACCAUGGGCUAGAAGAGAUCUCUUCCUGUCGCCAGAAGGGAUUUCAUCCGCACAGCAAGGAUCCACCUUUGUUCUGUAGCUGCAGCCACGUGACUGUUGUGGACAGAGCGGUGACCAUCACAGACCUCCGAUGAGAGUGUGACUCAGGACCCUCCAAGAACUAUGAGACCACAUCAGAGGACUGUAGCCCCCUACUUGAAGCUUUCCAGAGAGCUUUGGAAGCUUUUUCAGAUGGACUAGGAGGGGGACAUCACCCAGGGGAGAACUGAUUUUCUGUUUCUGGUUUGAAAAGAAAUAAUUUGAGUAUCUUUUUUAGGCAAGUCUGAAAAAGAGCAUGAUCACACUAAAGUAACUGUAACCCAAAAAUUAAGUGGAAAGAAAGGUGUAACAGACACCCAUAUACCCUUCCUUCUAGAUUCGCCACUUGUUAAUAUUCUUUUCCUCUCAACGAUCCUUCUAAUUUAUCUGCCAACUUAUUUGUUGUUUACCUUUGGACUAAAUAAGGGCAUCUAUGCAGAAAUUUGGAAGCCAUUUAGGAAAAAUCUUUAGAAUUUUCCUGUGCUUUCUGGCCAUAUUAAUGAAGCUUACUGUAAGCUCUCCCAUCCGUGCAGAUGGUGAAACUUAGAAACCCUGAAGGACGAUUGUUUUCAGGAAUCACUGUUAUGUAACAAACAUUUCAGGAUAUUUUUUUCCUCUACAAUAAAAUAACAUUUAACUUGU